AUGCCUGCCGAUGCUCGCUCGCUGCUUCGAGCUGCCGCUGCACAAAAGCGAGCGGCUCCGUCUUCGUCGGCAGGGGCAGGGGCUUCUACUUCGUCGUCAGGAGGGGCGACGGCGAUCCCGGACCGCUUUGCGUCGUACCACCGCAAGACGGGCGCGCUGCGCUGCCUGGCGUGCGACUUGACGAUCAAGCACGAGAGCCUCUGGGCGAGCCACGCCGCGAGCAAGAGCCACCGAGCCAAGGCAGAGGAGAUCAAGCGGGCCGAAGUGGAGGAGGCAGAGAAGAAGCAGAGAAGAGCAGAAGAAGAAGAAGCAGCUCAGCGACAACGCGAGGCACAAGCAGCUUCUUCUUCUUCUGCUGCUGCCGGCAAGCGUAAGGGAGAGCAGUUUUCUUCAGAAGAUGGCGGGCAGGGAGACCAGGUUGCCAAGAAGAGGGCCAAAAUCAACGAGGAACAAGUCGACCCGGAAUGGGAAAGGUUUCAGCGAGAGGUCAUGUCCCAGGCCAGCGAGAGCGACGCCCAGCCGGAUAGAGGCCUCUACUUGGCGGGUGCCACAAUCGAGGUUGCGCCUAAGCUGCGCCAGGUGCCCGGACGAGCACCACUUGAAGACGGCGAGGAGGAGAUAGAAGAGGAGGCAGAGAAAGAGGAGGAGACAGAGGAGGAGAAGCGCGCGAGAUUGGAUCGUGAGGAGAGGGAGGAGAUCAUGGCAAGAUUUGAGGAGGAGCAACGCAUACAGGACGAGGCAAACGAGAGAGUCAAUGCGCUCAAAGCCAGGCUUGAGAGAAUGAAGGCGGCCAGAGGGGCAAAAAAGGCAAAGACGAAACCGACAUGAUUGCAUUGUAACAGUAGCCGCCGGGUGCACAUAGCCAUGGAAAUGAGAGACUUGUGGAGCAGCACUGCUCGGCCGGCAUCAUUCUACGUCGUCUAUGAGGGCGCGCUGUGGAAAAAAGGGGUGGACCACGCCAUCAAUUUGUGCGCACGCUUGCCUAGAGGAUAUCCCAAGGACUACCGGACGGACUCACCUCGAGGAUGAACUUCUUUUCCUUGUACCGCUCCGAAUCAACGUGGGCCUUGUCCUUUGUCGAUGGUGCAACCAGACGUCAGACAG